GCUUGCUCGCCGCAUACCGCUAUCCACUCGACUCAGCCUGUUUUCCUCUCCUGUCUUAGCAGCCAGGUUUUUUCCAACUCCCAUUCCCCCAAUAUGGGCAAUGCUUCAUCUCAGUCCGAUGCUGUGGGGCACGAUGAGCAACUCAACAAAUUCAAUGCUAGCCAAAAGAAAAGGACGGCCGCCCCGAAAUCCCCGACAGCCACCAAAAAAGUGAAACGGGACGCAAAACCCGCCGGGUCGACAUCAACGCAGAAACGGAAAGCUUUGUCCGACUCCGCCAACGAUAACACACAAAGGUCGCUUCCUUCGCCUCCCAACGAGUCAAGUGGCCGUCCGGCAAAGCGCAAUAAGGUCUCGGAACCAAAGCAAAAGCCAACGCGCAAUCGCAAUCGCAAAGCUUUGUCGACGGUUAAGGAUAGGGGGAAGACCAACGAUGCACCCAUCCAAGAUGCCGCCCCGGCUCAACAACAUACCGAACCACAGGCUGUAACUAGUGCCGAGCCCGAGCCCGAGCCCGAGGUCAGAUCGAAUGCGUCACCGUCUUUGACAGAAGAAGAGAACGUUACCUCCACACCAGGGUCGGCGGCAGGGACUGAAGGGCCCGACGAGAAGGCUGUGGUACAACCGGGAUUUAGGAAGGGAAAGCACGGCGUGGAUUCAUUGACUGGGGAGAAGAAGGAAGUUGGCUUCUUCAAGCCCCAUGAAGUCCAGAAGCUGGAAAAGUUCAAGCUGGAUUUCUGCACCAACCAUGGAUUGUCUAGUGGUACAUUCGACCUUAUGAUCCAGCAUUCGGAAAGGGACAGGUUGAGUAUAUUCCCUUGUCAUUCCAAUAUUACCACAAAAACUGCGUUCUGGAAGGACAUCUACAGCAUUAUCCCGGGACGAGACAGGAGGUCCGUCUAUCGAUUCAUGAGGCGGCAUUUCCAAGGCUCAUCACAAAAGCCACAUCACUGGACUGAGGAACAAGAUGAUGAACUUGUCUUACACCAUGAGCGCCACGGACCAAAAUGGGCUUUUAUCGCCAAGAUGCUUGGCCGGAGUGAUGACGAUGUGGUGCAGCGGUGGAAGAAUCGCUUGCAGCAUCGCAAGACAAUGAACCGGGGUCCUUGGUCUGAGCAGGAGGUUCGUUCCUUGCUAGAACUAUUGCAGGCUUCGUGGGAUGGCUUGAAGGGGACAGAACACGAGCUUGAUCUUGGCCGUGAUAUCUAUGAAAUGGAUGAAAGCUUGAUCGCCUGGGGCCAUAUUAGCGACAAGAUGAAAAACUGCCGCUCUCGGCAACAGUGUGCAGACAAGUGGCGCAAGAUUCGACGCAAGAUAGCGGCCCAUCGCUGCAAGAAGAACCCCGAUGCUUUCUACGAUCCCAUCAUUGAAACAAGGCUUUCGAUUCGUCGAAGCAAAUUGCGGGCAGCUACGCGUCAGUCGGACAAACAGUUCAAGAGCGCGGAGUUUGUGAAGUCGGAUGACGACUCGGAUGCCGACCCAGAUGAAGGCACUGAGGCCACACCCACCGCAGCUCAGUCUGUGGGGAAGAUUGAUAAAAGAUCUUCUUCGGGACAGCGAGCAUUUUCAUCAGCGAAGGCGAAGAAGAAGCAUGUCAGCUUGGCUCCGAAUGGCGCAUCUAAGAAAAACAGCAUCAAAUCCAUCUCAGACUCGGACACUGAUUCGGACUCGUAUUCGGUAUACAACUCGGACUCGGAGUCGGAUUUGAACUCGGACUCCGGGUCCGAAUCAUCUGAAUCACAAUCUGAACUGGAUGCCGAUUCCGCGAAACAGCAACCGAAGAAGCAGCAGCCCGCUACCACUCACGAAAAACCAAAUAUCAAAUCCGAAGAUACUUGUAGUAGUGAGUCGGAAGCGGAGCCUCUCCGAGAGACAGGAGACUCGAAAGAUCAACCUGUGGUAAAUGGGGCACGGCAAAGGAAAACUGCUGUCAUUGCCGGCCAAAAGGCGAAGGCACCCCCCCACGCGUCCAAUUCCAAACAGCAAAACGCGGAUCAGCCAAAGGUAAAGUAUUCGCUCUCAUCUUCAGAGUCUAAGUCUGAAGAUAGCGAGACGAGCGAUGACAGCGAGCCGACUUCGCCUGCCCACAAACGAGGGAUAGGCCACACGUCAAAGCCUCCUCCAUCUACCAAAAAACCGGUGGACAGAAAGCGCAAAGCCAACCCCAGCUUUCCUGGCGUGAAACCAGCCAACACCUCAGAUAACGAAACGGAUGAAAUCGACAGCGACAAUGAAUCCACCGAGUCGGACUCUGACACGGACUCCUCUAGCACCUCGAGCUCGUCUUCUAGCGACUGACAAAAAGCAUACACGGCGACCGCAAACGCCUCAGCCAGCCAGUCAUACAGACCUGGUUGAAUUUUCUUGCUGAAAUUAUUGGGCCACACGAAUGAUGAUUAUGUUACUGUCAAAAAUAUCUCUAUUUUCCUUUCUCCCUGUUCCACUUUGCCUCAUGAGCAUAAAACAGCGUCACAUGUUUCAGCUUCCCUGGUUUGAAAAAAAGAAGAUAUUUCAGUCUUCGAUGGUUUUCGGAUGUGUUUCCUAUGUCCUAGGUACUAGCCAGAUGUUCUCUGUUGUAGACCAAAAAAUAAUUACCUUCGCUUCC